AUGCCUGAAUAUCAAUUUGCAGGGGCUGAAAAAGUUGUAGAAGAGCUCCUGGUUGAACUUGGCACCCCUUGUGACAACAGCAAGGUUCCAUACAACCCUGAUGAUCUUAAAGAGGGAAAAACAAGAUACUUCAGGCACCCCGCCCUCAUAUGUCUCAUCCUCAAUAUACAAUACAAGUCAAAGAAUGGUCUUGGCUGCCUGUUUGCCAGCAAUAUUGGUCCUCUUGCAGCCCACAUCACUUUGGCUCUAGCAGGUACAGCUUUAUAUGCCUCCCUCAAGGAACUCAGCACAGAGGUCUUUGAAGCGGCCAAUUUCUCUAUCAACUUAUACCGCAAAUUUUACAAGAAGCUAAUGUCCCUCAUUAACAAUGUCAUCAUGCAUGAUAAUGAGCUUAGAGAAGAUUUCGAAGAUCUUCUGGCUUUUAUUGUCUCUUGUGGCAUGUCUAUGUGA